AUGAAACGUCGUCAAUGCAAAUUGUUUGUUUAUGAGGAAAUCAUAAUCGACAUACUGAAUCGUUUGCCUUUAAAAUCGCUGGCUAGAUUUAAAUGCAUAUCAGAGAACUGGAGAAAGUACAUUGCUGAAAUUUAUCGUUGUCGUCUCGGGUGGCCUCAACCCUAUCUUAUUGGUUUCUUUUGUGCGGAGAGUGGCCAUAAUAGUUCGAAAAGCCAUUUUUUCUUCUCGUCAAAGGAAUCACCACUGUUAAUCGGUACUCGUUUGGAUCAUUCAUUCAAGUUUAUCGGCGUGAGAGUUUGUGUUGUUGCUUCUUCCAAUGGUUUUCUCCUCUGCAAUAAGCUUCAAAGCAGGCAAAGGGUUUAUUAUGUUUAUAAUCCUGCCACAAGGCAGCGUUUGGAUCUCCCUAAAACUCGAAUCUCUAUGAAUGAGCCAUACGUUGGAUUUAGUUGUAAGGUAGACGAAGCUGGCUCUGUCUUGUUUACUAUAGUUCGUUAUGCAAGACCAACAAUGAGUUGGGAUUUGUUAACAAUUGAAAGCUUCUCUUCAGAGACUAAUGUGUGGACUGCUAUUACGCUAAUUCUUGAUGUACCUCUUUUAUUGUGCCCUUCUUGGUGGGAUAGGACAUCAUCAUCAUCGACCAGUGUUGUUGAUGGAGUGUUCUGUUGGCUUAAUUAUGGAUUGAUCACUGUUUAUGAUAGUGUAAAAAUGUGUUUUUGGGCUUUGAAAUUGCCUGACCAGAGGACGGUGAUCGAUUCUUGUAGUCGUUGUCUGGGAUUAUCAGGUGGGGAACUCUGUUUUGCAUAUGGUUGGAAAACAACUAUAAUUUGUUGGCGACUCAGCAAUUUUCCUAGUCCAGAUAAUGCAGAAUGGGUUAGGAAGUAUGUUGUAGAUGUCGCUAUUGAAAUUGCAAAAUGUCCAGAGGAUUUUGGAGUUGGAGGCAAUAAUACUAACGUUCAUAACAUAUUUUUUCAUCCUGCUCUUCCGCACAUCUUGUAUUUGCAAAUAAGAGGCAAGGUUAUUUCCUAUGACUUGAAAACGAGUACUGCAGAACUUGUGUAUGAUUUUGGAGAAGCUUGGUGGAAGACAAAAUACUACAAGCUGUUUUCUUAUGAUUGGCCUCAAUGGCCGCGUCUUCUGUAGACUA